UGUGGUUUCACAACAUCGGUGUGUCUUCGAACCACACACUAAACACAGACACAGUACCGUGCGGAAGUUCCCUGGAAAACUUAAAAUUGUAUACUAUUUUGGAAUUAUUUGUUCUAUCGACAAAACUCUCGAUGGAUUCUUAGUAGGCCACACAUACACAGCCUUCCAUCUCCACUAUGUGGCAUCUUAUUGGAUUUAAAUAUGCAGAGGAAUACGUGUCAUUUUGGCUAACGGAAUUUCUACAUAGCUGGCCGCACAUCGCUUACCAAGGACUACAGAAGUACAGUUCAACGUUUGAUCCAGACGACGCAAAAUAUGUUCAGACUCUUAUUUUCUGGGGUGCCAUACCCAUCUUACUCCUGAUACUGAGUCUUCUCCUGGUCAUAGUGUAUGGAAUAUGCCAAUGUUGUAAGAAUGGCAAAAGACAAGGUCAUCCCGUUGUUAACAGACCUCGGAGGACAAGCUGCCUCAAAUGGAUUAUAAUAACACUAGCAUUGCUUACAACAGCGUUUGUAGGGGCUGGUUUCUACGGUAACGAGACGACAGCAUCGGGAGUGCAGCAUUUCAUCCAAUCAGCCGAGAACUCAAAUGAAACGAUAGAAAAUGCAGAACAAGAGAUCCACAAUAUCUCCAAUGACCUGACGGUCAUCCUCGCUGGCGAGGUGGAACAAUUAGAGCUACUCUUUCGAACCCCCAUCAAGAACACCUCGAUACAACACGAACUGGAACGGCUGACCCAAGUACUCAAACACAUGGUGAACGAUGCUGCCACCAAUGUCAGUGCAAUCAACAGUGCGUUCAGCAAUGAUGUCAACCUCGGUGUCGUCAUCAGUGAGGUUCAAUACUAUGAAACCUUUAGAUGGCUGGGCUUUGUGGGUGUUUUCUUCUUUGAGCUGAUCAUCAGUCUUAUGGUGCUGUGCGGAGCAUGUACACGAAACAGAUGUUCCCUAAUAUGUUCAGCCAUGCUGUGCACAUUUGGUGUCCUUUUAGUCUGGUGCUUAGCUGGUGCUGAACUUUUCGUUGCAAUGGGUCUCAGUGAUUUUUGUGUUAAUCCAAAUCCAUUCAUCAUCAAAGAGGCUGAAAAGAAUGGCCAUAUAUCAAACGAUUUGAUUAAUUACUACAUCCAGUGCAACAAAACAGCGGCGGAUCCUUUUAGUCAGGGGUUAUCUUCAGCAAACAAGUAUCUGGUGCUAGCGGGUUCUGUUCUCGAUGAAAUCUUCUCUCAGUCAAAAGGCUACUAUGACCAGACCAAUAUUACCGCAGCACAGAAGACUGUAAGCGCCAUAAUAAGUGACCUACAGAUGCUGACGGCCAACCUUGACUGUACCACAGGAAUCCAUAAAGACUACACCACAUCUUUAUACGAUGUCUGUUAUGAUGUAGUGAUUGGGGUGACAUUCAUGUUACUGAGUGCAGUUUUAUCAGGCUUACUGUUCACACUGAUUCUAGUGUGUUCAAUCAGCUAUGUUAGCAAAAUGCAGAGAAGAAAAAUAGGUUACGCUGUUGAUCAGCAAGAUCCAUUUUUGCCGCCGGACAACCCAACUGCCACCUUGGAGCGCUAUCGUAGAAAUGUUGAGCCCACGAGGGCAGUAGUCAACGAAACUCCGCCACCUAUCCCGUCGGAUCAUCGCGCCCGACCGGUAUCGUUAUCCAGUUCUCUUCACGGCUACAGACCCCAAACUCGAUCACCCAAACCAAGUGAUGCCAGGAAUGUAUUCACUUUUCUUCAGGAUGGUCAUGAUCCAGGGCCGAGCACAGCUCAGGGCUGGUCAGUGUCCCAGCGUGGAGGAGUGACCAGUAGUGGUAGAGGAGCUGCUUCAACUUCCAACAACCAACCACCCGUCAGCCCAGGAGGCUAUGACUCCCCGCCCCCAUCCUACACCUUGGCAAUGAGUCGUGAUAAUCAACGUCGCAAUCCUGAAAAUCGUCAACGCCAGGCACAAGCUCGUCUCAGCUCAGGUAGCCUUGUAUAGAACAACGCUUCUCCCUGGUUCCCUGCACUGCUGGUAACCUUCCUCACAGUAUCACGUUGAGUAUCACCACACCAUUUAAUUUUAAUCUCUGAUAGGACGUCUGCUGAUGCUGCAUUUGGCUCCCUUAAAAUUUGUAAACAUUUCGUUAAAAUGUGGCGGAUUUUUUAUAUAAGGGAGCAUCUCACAGAUAGUCUUCUCAUAAAUUCUGGUUAAAGGAUCGUUUCUUAGUGGUGCAAGUAUUUUGUGACACAUUGGAAACGUCAUACGAGUCAAAUCAAAUAUUUUGAAUCAAAGGUUUGUAAGUUUUAGCUUAAGUUACCCGUUCACAAGUUUUGCUUAUCAUGAUAGUAGCCCAGUUGUAUGAACAACUUUUAUUUUCUGAUUUGCAAAACUUUGUUUGAAAAAGCAACUGCAAAAUAAAUUUGUGAGAAACAUUUUGAAAACCAACUGCCAUCUGUUUGAUUUUGGCAAAGGCUAAGUGGGUUACCAAUGACAGGAAGCAUGUUAAGGUUGUCAGUUUGUGGUGAGCAGAGUUCACUGGUGCCCAGUGCCAUCGUUGACAAAUUUGCUUUUGAGUUUCUGAGUUCAGAAACUUUGAACCCGCUAAACUUGCGCUUGGGUGUGAACUUUUUUGGUUAAAAACAUGUUCUGAGGUUUGUUAAAAGCCAACAAUGUCGAUAGAAGAUACUUGCUGCUUACCAGUCACUUAACCUUAGUAUACACCUUUCUUGAAUGAGAGGUUUGCAGGUUACCACUUAAGCAUGCGCACUCAUUGACUCACUCUUCGCCUGUCGACAUACAGUAGUUUUGUGACUUUGCCAAAUAAACUUGCAAACAAAUCUUGCCCUGCAAAGUCACAGAUACUAUCCACUCCAAACACUUUUAUACCAAUUUUUAUUAUAACAAGUAGGUUUCUUGCUCAAAAUAUUGUGCAAGAGAAUUACAGGACAAUAUUUGUCAAUGAACUUUAUAAUUAACCAAAUAUCUUAGGUUUAAAAUAAUAAUAAUUUAACUCAUUUUGCUCAUGUAACAGUUUUGUUCAUUACAGAAAGUUCAAACGUUACUUUAUUUGCUAAUUGGUAAUGUUUAAAAAGCUGGUGUAAUCUUGGCUAGCUAUUUGUAUGAAGCUUUAGAUUUGAUGCAGUUUAACGUGCCUGUAUAUUUUACCAGCUCACACAUAAUUUAUAAACUAAAACUAAUUGCAGACUGAAUUUUGGUGCACAAUAUUAACUGUAACAUGAACUUUUUUAAAUGAACUUUUUUUUCUGUGAUAGGAAACAAAUUAAUUAAGUAAACAGUAGAAUAAACACUUUCUUGUUAUUGGUGCCUUUUUAAAGAAAACAGGCUACUGUCUUUUUUUACCAACUUUAUGAAUGAGGUUAUAAAUAUUCUGUGUAUUUAAAUGCGAAAAACUGAAAUUUAUUUUAUGAUUCUGUUUUAAUUAGGUUAAACAAAUUUAAAAUCUUCCAUAAUUAGACUAGACAAAUGCCUUGGAGGAGGACAUUUUUAAAUUGUGAGGUGCAGCAGACUGUGAACAGAUUGGUAACAAAGCAUUGACCCCUGGCAGUAAUGCUAAUCAUGUUUACACCAUAGAUAAACAAGCCUUUUUGAGGUAUGGCGGUUGGAUCAGGGGGUCACACCUGGCGACUGAUGCCACGCUCACCAUGAGCGUUGAUCGUCAAUAGGUUAAUGUGUAAACGCCGCGUCCCCCCCAAAAAAAAUGCACACUUCACUGAAUAACACAAGUUCUAUUUCUAUAGUCAAUAUGCACAAAUUUACCCAAACCUCAUAGUGUUGUAGCAUUGUGUCCGCCAUAUCUCAAAAAGACUCAUUUCAUGGGAUUUGAUCACAAUUUAUUGUUGUCGUCACUUAGAAGUGAAAUGUUUUGUUGGGAAUAUUACAUCCCCCCCCCCCCGCCCCCUCCCCUUUUGAGUGAACUUUUAUACAAUUUGUGGCGUAUUGCCUAGGAGAUGUAACAAUUAACUUUAUUAUAUUCUUCCCAAACACUUCUGUAAAUAUUGUAAAUUGUUAUAGUAUUGGUUAAUGCAAUGAACAUACUAAAAAAUAAAUGUGCAACUUUGCUGGAAUUUGAGAGUAGUGUUAUUUUGCAGCCGUUUAAAGUAUGUAUUUUUUAUUUUAUUUUUAUUUAGUAUUUAAGAUUUGAUGGUAAUUUUUACUGCAUUGAGCAUACACUGGUGGUCACUUAUUUUUGUGG